AUGGACGCCACCACACAAGCUCAGCCUCUGGCCGACCGCUCAACCAACACCCGCCUGAACGCGAGCGACAAGACCGACCUGAAGGGUUCGGACAUUUCAUCAAUGGAAUACCACCGCCAGGUGUUGCAGGACAAAGUCACAGGCGAGGAACAACCUGCCUCCUACGUCUCCCCCUCAGACGAUAUCAUGAGCCCCUGUACAAAGAAGUUGAGCGAUAUCAAGGGCAAGCGGUUCAAGAACGCCGGCAAGCCCCAGUCGCUGUUCGCUAAGCUCGGCAAGAAGAGCUACGAGCAAUCCACAGCCGAACAGGGUCGGACUGAAAAUUAG